AAAUUUCAUCAUCCAUUUCUCUCUCUCCCUCUCUCUUUUUUGCCUCUCUACUUUACCUUUCUAUCUCUCUCUCAAAUAUUACAAAUAAAACCUUCAAUUCUUCUUCUCUCUUGUUUUUAAUUUCCAUACCUUGAAUUCAUUCUUAUGGCAAUUUUACCCACCAGCACUUCAAGAUUGGACCUCUCCAUCUCUGUACCAGGCUUCAAUUCAUUUUCAUCAGCACUCCCUCCAUCUGGGAGAGAUUUGGACAUGAACAAAGCUCCAGAUGAAGAGGAAUGGAUGAUGGGAACUAUGGAAGAAGAUGAAGAAAUUAAUAACAAUGGAAGCAAUAAUCCAAGGAAGAAACUACGUUUAACAAAGGAACAAUCACAUCUUCUUGAACAAAGCUUUAGACAAAACCAUACCUUAAACCCAAAACAGAAGGAGACUUUGGCAGAAGUGUUGAAGUUGAAACCAAGGCAGAUUGAAGUUUGGUUUCAGAAUCGAAGGGCCAGAUGGUAUGAAAUGAUUAGGAGCAAGUUAAAACAAACGGAGAUGGAAUGUGAGUAUCUAAAGAGAUGGUUCGGGCUAUUAACAGAACAAAACAAGAGACUACAAAAGGAGGUGGAGGAGCUAAGAGCAAUGAAGGUGGCGCCCCCGACGGUGAUUUCACCGCACAGCUCCGAGCCGCUGCCGGCGUCGAAUCUCACAAUGUGCCCACGCUGUGAGCGCGUGACAACCACCACCCUCGACAAGACCCGGAUCGUCGUUUAAGUUGGUCGGCCGCUGCUCCCCCGCGUCCCUUUCCUUUUUUUUUCAACUCAUGCGGAAUCAUCACUCCAUCUUAAUUAAUCAAAAUCAAUCUUAUUAAUCUCUUUUC